AUGAAGAGAAACCAUCCCAAGAGAACUGAAGUUGAGCCAUCUCCUCCACCAUCAUCAGCAUCUCCAACAUUAGCAUUUUCUCCACCAUUAGCAUCUCCUCCAACAUCAACAUCUCCUCCACCAUUAGCAUCUCCUCCACCAUCCCCAUCAUCUCCUCCACUAUCAUCAUUUCCUCCACCAUCCCCAUCUCCCCCACUAUCCUCAUCUCCUUCAUCAUCUCCUCCACCAUCACCAUCAUCUCCUCCACUAUCAUCAUCUCCUUCACCAUCCCCAUCUCCCCCACUAUCCUCAUCUCCUUCACCAUCUCCUCCACCAUCACCAUAAUCUCCUCCACUAUCAUCAUCUCCUUCACCAUCCCCAUCUCCCCCACUAUCCUCAUCUCCUUCAUCAUCUUCUCCACCAUCACCAUCAUCUCCUCCACUAUCAUCAUCUCCUUCACCAUCCCCAUCUCUCCCACUAUCCUCAUCUCCUUCACCAUCUCCUCCACCAUCACCAUCAUCUCCUCCACUAUCAUCAUCUCCUUCACCAUCCCCAUCUCUCCCACUAUCCUCAUCUCCUUCAUCAUCUUCUCCACCAUCACCAUCAUCUCCUCCACUAUCAUCAUCUCCUUCACCAUCCCCAUCUCCCCCACUAUCCUCAUCUCCUUCACCAUCUUCUCCACCAUCACCAUCAUCUCCUCCACUAUCAUCAUCUCCUCCACCAUCCCCAUCUCCCCCACUAUCCUCAUCUCCUUCACCAUCUCCUCCACUAUCACCAUCACUCCCACAAUCUCCAUCUCCUCCUCCAGCAUCCUUGGCUAUUUCUUCCUAUGUCCCUUUGCUUCCUUGCCCUUUCCUCUCUCUCUGGAUUUCUUUCUUUCUUUCUUUCUCCUUCUCCUCCACCCGGGUCUUUUUCUUCCUCCUCUUCCUGCUCCUUCUCCUCUCCCCCUGCUUUCCACGUUGUUGUUGUUGUUAGAAAGCCUUCUUGCACCCCCUGGUGCUCUUUGCGU